AUGACGCACCUGAUGGGACCCACAGAGUGCGCCAGCGCCAUGGUGGGCACAAUGCCAUUCCUGGACAAUGGUCUCAAUGCCAAUAUAACGGAUUAUGGCUGCUAUGCUAAUGAUUAUUGGACCAAUACCUAUACAAAUGGCGCGCUAAGUCCCAUGAAACAAAUCGAGGCUUGCAUACAAACCGCUGGCAAGGAUCGCACCUCAUACAAGCCACUAGAGCAGAUCGAUGCCAAGCUGGCGGACAUUGAUGCGCAGAGCAACAGCAGCCGCAGCAACAGCAGCAGCAACAGCCACAGCAGCAACAGCUCACCGUCGUGCAGCAGCAACAACAACAACAACAACAGCAGAAACUGUCAGGAGCAAACAGUAGCAACUGUUGUUGCUGAUUACGCGGGCAGCAGCAGCAGCAAUCUUGAUGCAACAGUAGCAGCAGCAACAACAGCCAAGAAAUAUAAAAGCAAUCAGAAGCAAAAAGACAACAACAAUACACAUCAAGCCAGCAGCAGCAGCAACAGCAAUAACAACAACAGCAAAAGCAACAACAAUAAAAGCGAGCCAGAGCCUGUGCAUCCGUCACUGGCACAGGCAAUGGUUGUGCUGGAAACUAAAGCACUGUGGGAUCAGUUUCAUGCCCAGGGCACGGAGAUGAUCAUAACCAAGACGGGACGUCGCAUGUUUCCAACGUUUCAGGUGCGCAUAGGUGGACUCGAUCCGCAUGCCACAUACAUCUGCAUGAUGGACUUUGUGCCCAUGGAUGACAAGCGUUAUCGCUAUGCGUUUCAUAACUCCUGUUGGGUGGUGGCAGGCAAGGCGGAUGCAAUCUCACCGCCUCGCAUACACGUGCAUCCCGAUUCGCCGGCGGCGGGCGCCAAUUGGAUGAAGCAGAUUGUGUCCUUUGACAAGCUCAAGCUGACCAACAAUCAGCUGGACGAGAAUGGACACAUUAUAUUGAACUCCAUGCAUCGCUACCAGCCGCGCUUCCAUUUGGUCUAUUUGCCCUCCAAGAAUGCCUCACUGGAUGAGAACGAGCACGCCAGUCACUUUCGCACAUUCAUAUUCCCGGAGACCAGCUUUACGGCCGUAACUGCAUAUCAGAAUCAGCGCGUGACACAGCUAAAAAUUUCAAGCAAUCCAUUUGCUAAAGGAUUUCGAGAUGAUGGCACUAAUGAUGUCAACAGCAGCAGCUUGGGCAUGUCCAGCAUGAGCCAUGAGAGUCAAGCGCGCAUGAAGCAGCAACAGCAGCAGCAACAGCAACAGCAACAACAACAGCAGCAGCAGCAGCAGCAAUUGCAGCAGCAACAUAUGAAAGCCAAGGAGAGAACCCUAAGCAAUAGUUAUAGUUUGUCCUGUGGCGAGCUGCUAGAGCAGCAGACAACAACAAUAACAGCAGCAGCAACAGCAACUGUAGCACCUGCAGCAAGCACAUUGGCAAUGCAGCUGCCAGCCACGCCCUCUAGCAGUUCCGCCUCGGGCAACUCACCAGAUUUGCUGGGCUUUCAAUUGGAUGUGCCUCAGCUGCAGCAGCAGCAGCAGCAGCAACAAUUGCAGCCACAGCAGCAGCAGUUGCAACAGCAGCAGCAACAAAUAUCGCAAGCUUAUAGCAACAGCUAUCAUCAUCAUCAUCACUAUCAGCAAACAUUGCAUCAGCAGCAGCAGCAGCAACAACAACAACAACAGCAGCAGCAACUACACACAGCAACACCACUGACGCCGCUCUCCGCCAGCUCUGCGUCGCCGCCAGCGCCUGCUGCACCCAACAUUGCUGCUCCUGUGCCGGCCAAUGCGGCGGCUGCUGCUGCUGCUGCCACGCAGGUGAUGGCCGCCGCCAACAUCUACUCGAGCAUUGGCCAGCCCUACAACGCGGAGCAGAGCAACUUUGGGGCCAUCUAUCAUCAUCACAAUGCGUAUCACAAUCAUGGCUAUGCCAGUCCCUACGACAAGCUCAAGGUCAGCUCGGGUCACAUGCGUCAGGCGGCCGCCGCCGCUGCCUACAGCUAUCAGAGUUUCUAUGGCAGCGCCGCCGCCGCACAUCAAAUGAUGCGUCCCAAUAGUUACAUUGACUUGGGGCCGCGCUAGAGCGCCCACUCACCCCGCUCAAUCCCCUAACCCCCCGUUUAAGCGCAUAGUAUUAUCUACAAUUUAGUCAGGGGCGUGGCUGCUUUACAAGUAU